ACCAAGCGGGGGUCAGUGUUGGGGUCGGCCCCGCGGUGUGAGGAUGGCGCGGCCUUCACGGGGCCAACCCCGGCACGGCGCCCGGGGCUCCCCGCAGGCCUCACUGCAGCUCUUAGGCCCCGGCUCUCCCACCCCCUGUCCCCGCACCGUGGGCCCCCCGCGGUCUCGCAGUCCGGUGUCAAUGUCUCGGCUCGUGUAUCCCGGCCCUCGGAUCCGGUUUCCCCGCUGCAAUCUCACCCCGGCACUGUGGGAUCCGAUCCGGUGCUCGGCGGGGGGGCAGUGAGCCCCGAGCACCGGCCACGAGCCGUCAUGUUCCUGUUCAUCCGCAGCCCCCAGCGCCGCCCCCCCGGCAGCCCAAUGCCCGCCCCGUGCCGAGCCCCCCCCGGGGGAAAACGGGGCCGCCGCAACCCCCGGGGGCAACGGAGAGAGGGCGGGGGGCGGCGGAGCAGCGAGGAGCCCCAGCUGCCCCCCAGCUCCAUGCAGGAUGGGAAGCAGCGCUCUGGCCCCCCCGGACCCCAGGAUGGUGAGGAGCUGGCAGAGGCUGCGCAAUCCCCGCCGUUGCAGAGCUAUUCGGUGCUGCAUGGGCUGGUGGGGCCGGCGUGCAUCUUCCUCCGGCAGAGCAUUGCCAUCACACAGCUGGACCGGGAGCUGCGGCCGGAGGAGAUUGAAGAGUUGAAACAAGCCUUCAAGGAGUUUGACAAGGACCGCGAUGGCUACAUCAGCUACAAGGACCUGGGUGAAUGCAUGCGCACCAUGGGCUACAUGCCCACCGAGAUGGAGCUCAUUGAGCUGUCCCAGCAGAUCAGCGGCAAAGUGGAUUUUGAUGACUUUGUGGAGCUGAUGGGCCCCAAGAUGCUGGCGGAGACAGCGGAUAUGAUUGGGAUCAAGGAGCUGCGCGAUGCCUUCCGUGAGUUCGACACCAAUGGGGACGGGCAGAUCAGCAUGGCGGAGCUGCGGGAGGCCAUGAGGAAGCUGCUGGGCCAGCAGCUCAACUACCGCGAGGUGGACGAGAUCCUCAAGGACGUGGAUCUCAAUGGGGACGGCCUGGUGGACUUUGAAGAGUUUGUGCGGAUGAUGUCGCGCUGAAGGGCCGGGACUCGCCGCCGUGCCUUACCGGGAGGAGGAGGAGGAGGAGGAGGAGGCGGCCUUCCCGGGCCUGCGCUGCCCCUCAUGGUGUGUGUGGGGGGGGAGCUCCGGUGUUGGAGCCCCGUGUCGGUGUGUUGGCAGCGCUGCCGGUUCGCAAUGAAGCUGUGUGCCGCCGGGU